CGAAUCCCUCUGGAGCCAUGAUGAGCCUCCAGAAGCAUCAAACCAUGGGCUCUGACCGGGACCUUCAGUCCUCCUCCUCAGUCAGCCUGCCCUCCGUCAAGAAGGCCCCCAAGAAGAGACGUCUGUCCAUGGGGAACCUGUUCAGACGGCGCCGGGACCCCAAGAGGAAGUCCAUGGAGCUCCAUGGGGAAGGAGGAGGAGGAGGAGGAGGAGGAGGAGGAGGAGGAAGGGUGGAUGGUAUCGCCAGCAUAGACAGCAUCCACUCAGACCUCACGCUGAACGAUAAGAACUCUGCCUUCUCCGUGGCCGGAGCUGCCUGCACCUCCUCCCUCAGGGCGUCCUCCUCCUCCUCCUCCUCUUCCUCCCGGGGUGGAGAGCUGCUGGAGUGCCCUCUGUGCCUUCUACGUCACUCUAGGGACAGUUUCCCGGACAUCAUGACCUGUCACCACCGCUCCUGUGCGGAUUGCCUGCGCCAGUACUUACGAAUAGAGAUCAGUGAGUCGCGCGUCAACAUCAGCUGUCCAGAGUGCUCUGAGCGGUUCAACCCCCACGACAUCCGCAUCAUCCUGGGAAACCAGCCCCUCAUGGAGAAGUACGAGGAGUUCAUGUUGAGACGAUGGCUGGUGGCCGACCCUGACUGUCGCUGGUGCCCCGCCCCUGACUGUGGGUAUGCAGUCAUUGCCUUUGGCUGUGCCAGCUGUCCUAAGAUCACGUGUGGACGUGAGGGGUGUGGCACGGAGUUCUGUUACCACUGUAAACAGCUGUGGCACCCCAACCAGACGUGUGAUGCCGCCCGGCAGCAGAGAGCCCAGAGCCUGAGGCUACGCACCUUCAGCUCCUCGUCUCUUAGCUACAGCCAGGAGAGUGGUGCUGCAGCCGAUGACAUCAAGCCGUGUCCGCGCUGCGCUGCUUACAUCAUCAAGAUGAACGACGGCAGCUGUAACCACAUGACCUGCGCCGUGUGCGGCUGUGAGUUCUGCUGGCUCUGCAUGAAGGAGAUCUCUGACCUGCACUACCUGAGCCCGUCAGGAUGUACCUUCUGGGGCAGGAAGCCGUGGAGCAGGAAGAAGAAGAUUCUGUGGCAGCUGGGCACGCUGGUGGGAGCUCCGGUGGGCAUCGCUCUGAUCGCUGGCAUCGCCGUCCCCGCCAUGAUCAUAGGCAUCCCCGUAUACGUGGGGAGGAAGGUGAGCUGACCCUAAACACGCGGCAGACUGUCGUGGAAAUU